AUGAUAGCCGUCGAGACGCGGGUAAAUAAAGGAAUAGAGCAACUAGACAACCCACACUUGAAAGCCCCAGAGCCAGAACACUGUCCUGGUCCUGAAUCAGAAAAUGCUGGUAAAGGUGAUGCUUGUGAAGGUUGUGCUAAUAAAGAUAUUUGUGAAUCUUUACCAAAAGGUCCAGAUCCUGAUAUCCCACUUAUAAAUCAAAGAUUAGCCAGUAUAGAUCAUAAGAUUUUAGUCCUUUCAGGGAAAGGUGGUGUUGGUAAAUCAACUUUCACAUCAAUGUUAUCAUGGGCAUUAGCUGCUGAUCCUGAUUUAGAAGUUGGUGCUAUGGAUUUAGAUAUUUGUGGUCCUUCACUACCCAGAAUGCUUGGUGCAGAAGGUGAAACAAUUCAUGAAUCCAAUUCUGGUUGGACUCCAGUUUAUGUUAAUGAUAAUUUGGGUAUGAUGUCCAUUGGAUUUAUGUUACCAGAAUCUGAUUCAGCAAUUAUUUGGAGAGGUGCAAAGAAAAAUGGAUUAAUUAAACAAUUUUUAAAAGAUGUCGAUUGGGGUAGAUUAGAUUAUUUGAUUGUUGAUACACCUCCAGGUACAUCAGAUGAACAUAUUUCAGUAAAUACAUAUUUAAAAGAAUCAGGUAUAGAUGGUGCAUUAAUCGUUACUACUCCACAAGAAGUUGCAUUACUAGAUGUUAGAAAAGAAAUUGAUUUUUGUCGUAAGGCAAACAUUAAAGUCUUAGGAAUAGUGGAGAAUAUGUCUGGAUUUGUUUGUCCAAAUUGUAAAGGUGAAUCACAAAUAUUCAGAGCAACUACUGGUGGUGGUAAAGCAUUAGCUGAAGAAUUAAAUAUUCCAUUCUUAGGUUCAGUUCCAUUAGAUCCAAGAAUUGGUAAAGCAUGUGACUCAGGUGAAAGUUUCCUUGAUCUUUAUCCUGAUUCCCCAGCUUCAACUGCUAUUUUGGAUGUUGUUGAAGCUCUUAUAGAUUCUGUUGAAAAUGCAUAA